AUGGCUCUGCGGCCGCCAGGUGAGGCCGGGCCCCAGGACAAGGUGUGCUACCCGCCCGAGAGGCUCCAGAGCAGCCCCCACCACCUGGCCACCUACUACUCGCCUUUUCCGCCCUAUGGCCACUUUGGAAACCCCCUAACCGCCACCGAGGAGGAUUUCCAACUUUUCCCGCAGCUGGAGACGGCCGUGCCCGGGCCCCAGGCCAUGUCCCCCUUCGCUUUCCGGACGGUGCCUCCUCUGCUGAGCCCUGGCCUGGCCCUCCAGAGGGAGCCGCUCUACGAUCUGCACUGGCACAGCAAGCUGCCCGCGUGGUACCCAAUUCCUCAUCUUCCCAGGGAGGUGCCACACUUUGUGAACAGCAGCCACGAGUAUACAGGCGUCAGCAGUGAAAACUUUGGCCAUGUCCAUGGCUCGAGCAACAGUGGCGAGUGUUAUGGGCCUGAAACUUUAAUUCCUCAGCCCCCUACAGACGCUUGCCUGUUACCUGAGGAUCUGAAGACUUCCCAGUUACCUUGCUCCCCCAGCAGACUGUCUGAGGCUGGCCCCAAAGCCCUGAACCCAGAGGGGAAGUCGUCUCAUCGUUACCACUUCACUGAGGAGAACCUGCACUUUGUUCUGUAUGGGGUCAUUUCCAGCCUGGAGCACCCCGCCCGACUGCACCACGCGAUUUCUGGCCUUGUGGUCCCCACAGACAGCCCCAGGUGUGAAUCUCUUCCUCAAACUCUGGAUAAAGACUCCCUUCAACUACCGGAAGGUCUGUGUCUCGUGAAGACCAUGUUUGGUGAAGUCCCACAUUUUGGUGUGUUCUGCAGUAGCCUCAUUGCCAAAGGAGUCAGGUUUGGACCCUUUCAAGGUAAAGUGGUCAAUGCCAAUGAAGUCAAGACCUAUGGAGAUGAUUCUCUGAUGUGGGAGAUCUUUGAAGAUGAUCAUUUGAGCCACUUUAUAGAUGGAAAAGGAAAUGCAGGGAACUGGAUGUCCUAUGUCAACUGCGCCCGUUUUCCCAAGGAGCAGAACCUAGUUGCAGUGCAGUGUAAAGGGCAGAUAUUUUACGAGAGCUGCAAGGAAAUCUAUCAGAAUCAAGAGCUCCUUGUGUGGUAUGGAGACUGCUACGAGAAGUUUCUGGACAUUCCUGUGAGCCUUCAGGUCACAGAACAGGGGAAGCAGCCCUCCGAGCCCUCUGGGGCCUCCGAAGAAUCUGCAGAAGGUUACAGAUGUGAAAGAUGUGGAAAAGUCUUCACCUACAAAUAUUACAGAGAUAAGCACCUCAAGUACACCCCCUGUGUGGACAAGGGUGAUAGGAAAUUCCCCUGUUCUCUCUGCAAACGAUCCUUUGAGAAGCGGGAUCGGCUCAGGAUCCACAUUCUUCACGUCCAUGAGAAGCACCGGCCUCACAAGUGUUCUACCUGUGGGAAAUGUUUCUCUCAGUCUUCCAGCCUAAACAAACACAUGCGAGUCCACUCUGGAGACAGACCGUACCAGUGUGUGUACUGUACAAAGAAGUUCACUGCCUCCAGCAUACUCCGCACACAUAUUAGGCAACACUCCGGGGAGAAACCCUUCAAGUGCAAGUACUGUGGUAAAUCUUUUGCAUCCCAUGCUGCCCAUGACAGCCAUGUCCGUCGCUCACACAAGGACGAUGACAGCUGCUCCUGUAGCAUCUGUGGGAAAGCCUUCCCAGACCCAGAAGCCUUCUGCUCCCACAUGAAGUGUCAUGAGGACUAG